GCAUCAGUGCAUGUUGGCAAACAUGGUAGAGUGACAGCAAAUCUUUUCACUGAGUCGCUGGCUGUGUUUUUUUUCCCCUUCCCAAGCUGCGGAAGAUGCAAUCAGUGGACCCGCAGAAUGGCAGGAACUUUUGGAGGAAGAAUAACAAAGUCCCUGGCGGAAUGCGAGCAGUGUAUGGGGCAAUGCAUCCACCCAUCACCCAUUCCCCCAGGUCCAGCCCAAGGAAGGAGGGAGGGCCACGUAAACCCGAGGCUACCGACAGCUUCCAAGACUACCAGGAGUCCGUAAAUGAUGCAUGGGACUGUGGCGAUGAUGAAUUCUGCGUCAUAUCAGAUGUUAAAAUCUCAACUCGGAUGGUGCAGUCGGCCGCCCUCAGUGUCAUCAACAGCCACCGGUCGGGUCAGCUGCUGGCAAACUUACCCUCCCAGAGCCUGCCAGAGCUGCACCCCCCCCACCAUCAUCACCACCACCACCACCACCAUCACCAGCCUCCGCACACCUCCCACUCCCCGCCACUCCAGCAGGAGGUUGUGGACGAGAUGCCGGCUUACAGCUUGCACUGCUCCUCCCCUGGUGUGGAGGGCAGUCUGCCACUCUCCAGACUUGACCCCUCCGCUGCCGUGACCCCCAGGACCCCUGUCAUCACUUCCGACAGUGAGCGCGACAUGGUAAGGACAGAGAAGUUCCUGGAGGUGAUCAACGCAGCCAACACUUCCCUGCCAGAGCUGCGGAAACUGUCUUGGUCUGGCAUUCCCUCACAAGUCCGUGCUGUGGCUUGGAGGUUACUAAAUGGCUACCUCCCAGCAAAUUCAGAGAGGCGAGAGGACACACUGCGAAGGAAACGAGAGGAGUACUGGAGUUUUGUGGACCAGUACUAUGGCACGAGGCACGAGGAUAUCCACCAAGAUACGUUUAGACAGAUCCACAUUGACAUCCCACGCAUGUCCCCCCUGAUUCCGCUGUUCCAACAAACAAUCGUGCAAGAAAUGUUUGAGCGCAUUCUGUACAUCUGGGCCAUCCGUCACCCUGCCUCAGGUUACGUGCAGGGGAUCAACGACCUUGUCACACCUUUCUUCAUCGUCUUCCUUCAUGAGGUGGUUCCUAAAGAGGAGAGCCUGGACACAUACGAGGUGGAGAAGAUUGAGGCGGAACAGCGGGCAGUGGUGGAGGCGGACAGCUUCUGGUGCAUGUCAAAGCUGCUGGAUGGAAUACAAGACAACUACACUUUCGCACAGCCAGGCAUUCAAAGCAAAGUGCAGCAGCUCGGCGAACUUAUGAAGAGGAUAGAUGUCAAUCUCCACCAGCACUUGGCCAGACAUGAGAUAGACUACCUUCAGUUUUCCUUCCGAUGGUUCAACAACUUGCUAAUGAGGGAGAUGCCCCUAGGCUGCACCGUCAGGCUCUGGGACACACUGCACGCUGAACCUGACGGCUUCUCCCACUUCGUGCUCUAUGUGUGUGCUGCGUUCCUCACCUACUUCUCCCAGCACCUCAUGAACCAGAGGGAUUUCCAGGGCUUAAUGCUGCUGCUCCAGAACCUGCCGACAUCCUCUUGGUCAGACACGGAGAUCAGUCUGCUGGUGGCCGAGGCGUUUAGGUUGAAGUACACAUUUGCUGAUGCGCCAAACCACCUCCAGGCGCCUCGGAAGUGAUGCCACAACCCAGCACAACAGUGGGGCAACACCAGGAAAUCAUAGAAACAAACAGAAUGCGCCAAAUGUCACCAAAAUAGCCAAAACCUACUGGAAAUUAAUGGAGAACGCAAGAAAAUAUUUAAAACGCAGGAAAUUCACGGGUUUUACCAGGAAAAUGCCCAGAACGUACCAGAUAUUAGCGAGAAAUGAGAGAAUAUAAUUUUAAAUGCCAGGUGUUACUGAGAAUAAUACCCAGAAUGCACCAGAAAAUAUAAGCAAAAAAUAGAAACAAGAAAACACCAGAGAAAUUAACAAGAAAAUGUUAAUAAAAAAAAAUACCUUAGAAAAUUUAAUUAAAAGCAUCAUACCAUAUCAAAAAAAUGAGAAAUAUUAAAAAAAACACAAUAAAACACACUAAAACACCCAGAAUACUGAAAAAAACAUCAAUAAACACCACAAAACACCAGGAAAUGCCAGGUACAAGGGUGCUGGAGUGAGUGGUAUUAGUGUUUGGUGAGAGAUGAUGAGGUGAGGGAAGAAUUGUGAAAAAAAGUGUGAGGUGGAGCCAGAUUGUGCCGUGUUACCCAGUACAGACACGAUUCACAGCUCCACACAGCACUGCUAGCCUCACCCGCAACUGUGACUGUGUGCGUGUGCGUGUGUAUGUGCGUGUGUGUGUGUAGGUAUAAAGGAUUUUGUGUUUUCCACUCCUUACUGUCAAUUGGUGCUGCAGAAUCUAUCUAUCUGUCUUUUUUCUGUGUGUUUGUGUGUGUUUGUGUGUGUGUGUGUGCGUGUUUGUGUGUGUGAGUAUAUAAGAUAUGUUUAAUGAUUCAGAGGAAGUCUCCAUUGCUGUCUGCUGUAUUGUACUCCUUCCCUUCUCUUCCCUUCCCUUCCCUUCCCUUCCCUUCCUUCCUUCCUUCCUUCCUUCCUUCCUUCCUUCCUUCCUUCCUUCUGUACCUUGAGACAAACAAAACCCUUCCUGACGUACCAAACCUCUUCCUCCUCCUCUUCUUCCUUCCUGUUCAUUGAUAUAGAUAUAAAACUUUUAUAAAGAACCACCCCAGCAUUUUAUUAACUAACGAAUCGUGUAUUAUUUGUACAAAGAGAAGGCAAUUCCGAGGCCAGGCGUUCUCAAGGGUGUGUCUCGGAGCAAGCUGAUAAUGAUAUACUUAGGGAAACUGUAUCUCUUGACACUGGUUGACUGAAUGCAUCUUUCUCUGCCAAGUUAAACCAUCUAUCUGUCAAUUUAUCUCUAUACACCAGGCUGAAAACCCGACACAUUCAUACGUACAAUAAUCAAAUCUGUCUAUCUAUCUCUGUACCAGGCCAGCAAUCUCACUCACACACACUAAUAUAAUCUGUAUAAUCCUGUCUAUCUAUCUCUCUACCAGGCUGGCUGUCUCACAUGGGGCAGCCCAGACAAGGCACCACACACACACAUACACACACACACACACACACACACACACACACACACACACACACACACACACACACACACUUAGCCUCGUCAGCCACCUAACUAAACCUUUCUCUCUUAAAUACAAGUAAAGUAAAAAGGUGCAGUGUUAUUUGGCAGAGAAAUAUUGUUCAGUCUGCCAGGGAGAGGGAGAGAAGCAGGUGUGUUAAUAUAAUGCCACAUGCCAACUGUGAAAAACCAGGUCCUGCCACCAAUAUUUUUUUUACAUGUGCAGAGGAGUCCCACUUAACUCAAUGCUGGAGAAAGAUUAAUUGAGAGAUGAAGGAGAGAGAGAGAGAGAGAGAGAGAGAGAGAGAGAGAGAGAGAGAGAGAGAGAGAGAGAGAGAGAGAGAGAGAGAGAGAGAGAGAGAGUUGAGAAUUUAAAAGCAUCUCAAAAUAUACCCAGAAUUAGUAGUGAAAGAAUUAAUAGUUUUUUUCUUUCUUUUUUUUUUCUUUUUCAGUGCCAGUUAAGCCCAUUCAUAAAAAUGUGAACAGUUUUCAAGGUUUCCUCAAUUAAGCCCAGUCAUGAAAAUUUAGCUAGUAAACUUAAUUUUUUUGAGAUUCUCCCUAAUUCUUCUGUAUUUGAUAAGUUAACCCUUUCAACACUACCUGACACACCUUCAUUUGAUUAUAAAGCACACUGGGACAUACAUUCCUGUUCUUUAGCAACCUUUAAACAUUAUUCAACAUUUAAACUGCAAAAUCUACUCUCUUCAAUCCAUAUCUUUCUUAUAAAUGCUUAUAAAUAUUCUACACAUUAUUUCUGUGUUGCAUACUGAAUUGAAAAGAGAAGAUUUUGUAUACUAAUAAUGCCUCUCUUUGUUGUAGUCUCAUAAAUAUUUCAUUCAUUACUUUUAGAGGUGAGAAUUCUUGCAUAUUGAAUUGAAAAGAAGAUUUGUACAGUAACAGUGCAAAUAUCUGUUCUCUUUAAUGCCCUUCCUCUGUUGUAGUCUCAUAAAUAUUUCAUUCAUUACUUUUAGAGGUGAGAAUUCUUGCUUACUGAAUUGAAAAGAGAAGAUUUGUACAGUAAUAGUGCAAAUAUCUGUUCUCUUUAAUGCCCUUCCUCUGUUGUAAACUCAUUCAUUACUUUUAGAGGUGAGAAUUCUUGCAUACUGAAUUGAAAAGAGAAGAUUUGUACAGUACCAGUGUAUACCUUGAGCAUUGAGUUAGGUGGGAGUCUGCUGCAGCAAACACUAUAACUACACUUGUUGUCUUAUGUUACACCAGUGAAUAGAUAAUAGAGAUGUUUUUUUAAAUAUUAUGAUAGACAUGUUAUUAUUAUUAUUAUUUUUUAUUUUAUUUUUUAUUUUUUCCUUUUUUUUUCCUUUUUAAGACAGUAAUGUAGCACUUGUGUUGUUUUACUGUGUGUUUCUUGGGUUCACUUCUGUUCACGACAAUGUGCUGCAUUCUGAGGUUUUCAGAAAUACAAGUUUGAAAUUAC